CCAGGUCGGAUCCUCCUCAGACCUUCGGCGAAGUAAAAUACGGCGCAAAAAGUCGCAAUCUGGUCGCUUUACGUCGGAGCACACCGCACCAACCGAAGAGUGUCGUGUUUCUUCUUUCUGAGGCGAUAGUCCAGAAUUCGCCCCCGACUGGAUCCGUCCUUCGCCAACAUCGAGCAAAAAGGGAGACCCGAUCCCAGGCCUCUGAUCCAGGGCGGAGGGAGGAGAGGAGGUCACUGGGAGUCGGGAUGGAGACCGCAGAGGGAGACGGCUGCGCCGCCGGACCGGGGACCGGCUGCGCCUCCUUCAACCAAGACUCCACGUCAUUGGCCGUGGGGACAAAAACUGGCUACAGGUUGUUCUCUCUGACCCUGGUGGACAAACUGGACUGCAUCCAUGAGAGUGCAGAGACCCCUGACGUGUACAUCAUAGAGCGACUCUUCUCCAGCAGCCUGGUGGUGGUAGUGAGCAUGGCCACGCCACGCCGCAUGAACGUCUACCAUUUCAAGAAGGGCACAGAGAUCUGCAACUACAGCUACUCCAAUGACAUCGUGGCUGUCAGACUUAAUAGACAGAGGCUUGUAGUGUGCCUGGAAGAGUCCAUUUACAUCCACAACAUCAAAGACAUGAAGCUGCUGAAGACGCUGCUCAACACACCAUCCAACCCCUCAGGUCUAUGUGCCCUUUCAAUUAAUCAUUCCAACUCCUACCUGGCAUACCCCGGCAGUGCCACGAUUGGAGAGAUUGUGGUGUACGACUCCAAUAAGCUGAGUACGGUGACCAUGAUCCCAGCUCACGACAGUCCGCUGGCAGCCAUCUCCUUCAACGCUUUGGGCACCCAGCUCGCCAGCGCCUCCCAGAAGGGUACUGUUAUACGAGUUUUUUCCAUUCCUGAUGGUUUGCGCCUGUUUGAGUUCCGCCGCGGAAUGAAAAGGUAUGUCAGCAUCAGCUCUUUGUCAUUCAGCUCUGACGGCGAGUUCCUCUGUGCUUCCAGCAACACAGAGACAGUGCACAUCUUUAAACUGGAGCAACUGGGACCAAGCGACGAAGACGAGGCUUCUACAUGGACGUCCUAUGUGGGGAAGAUGUUUUCAGCAGCCAGCAGCUACCUCCCUGCCCAGGUAUCCGGCAUGAUGAGUCAGGACCGUGCCUUCGCCACUGCACACCUCUUAACAUCUGGGCAGAGGAACAUCUGCACCCUCGCCGUGAUCCAGAAGAUCCCGCGGCUGCUGGUGGCCUCGGCUGAUGGGCAGCUAUUUCUCUACAACGUUGACCCACAGGAGGGAGGCGAGUGUGUGCUGGCUUACAAACACAGGCUUUUUGGUACUGAUGAGGACAUUGGGCAAAAGGACGAGUCUGAGGGGUCAGAGGUCGCAGUGUCUCCACAACAAGCUUGUCCAUCCUACGCUGCGACUGUUGCGAUACCAGCCACCGGACCCGUCACUGCAACUCUAACAGGCUACUCUGAGGAUGGCGGGGCAAAGAAAGGCGAAGUCAUCCCAGAGUAUGAGUUUGCUGCUGGACCUGUCUGUCUGGAUGACGAGAAUGAGUUUCCCCCUGUGAGCAUCUCCUAGAUUAAUAUCUGCAGCAACACGACUUGAGAUGGGCUGCAGAGACUCGUGAAUCAUAGAAGACCCACCGGACAAACAGACAGGUGAAGAGCAAGAGAUGACAUUUCAUGCCCACCGUGAAAGAGACAACAGACAAGCAGCAGUGUACGAGCCGGAACAAAAAAAAAAAGGAAAAAAGGAAAAACUGAACCAUCUUUCAGGGAGGAAAAGGAAAAAAAAACCUGAUUAUAUCAAAGAUAAGUAGGGGAAUAUUCAAGCUUUAGAUGUCACUUGCUCAUUUGUAAGCGAUGAUAUUGUUCCCUAAUGAGUUACUGUAUGGGGAUGUUUUAUAGAAGUAUGAGGUGAUUGCCUGGCCAGAAAUAUAACCACAGUUUUAUACGGCUGCAUUUACUUGACAGAUGUUCCAUUAAGUUGCACUAUUGUGCCAACAUCAUAUUUUUAUUAUGUUCAAUAACAUCAAUGGUAGCUGAACCCCAAAAUAAAUCUUAUCUUUUUGAUUUUUUAAUCCUUUGUAUUUCCCGGUAUUGAUACCUAUUAAUUAUUGACACGUAUACCCACAUAAAUUUCAGCAUGUAUGUAUUUAUGUAUUUAUGUGCCUAUUAUCUUUUCUAAAGCAUAGUGUUUCCAAAAUUGCACAAUACUGAAAAAGAAAAAAAAUGGACUGGAGUGGAAUUAAAUUUAUUCGAUGCAAAAAAAAAGUCU